UGACGAAGUUUGACACUUCAAAAAAAAUCAUAAAUUUUUUUGGGUAAAUGAAAUAAAGGUGUCGGUAAUUUAUUUAAAAUUACAAUUUUAGCAAUUAAAUAGUCUUGUAGCAUGCUAUAAAAACUGUACAACUUCAAAAUGGAACAUUUAUUAAGGGGCAAAUUUGGGCGCAUUGUUAUAAGUUCCUAUUCUUACCGCCCCUACAAAUAUGAACCCCAAACACGUAUUCAAAGAAAUAUAGCUACCCUUUGGGGUGGACGAGCUGUAGACCGUUCCAGACCUCAAAUUUCCAAUCACUACAAAUUCCAGAAACGAGAAUAUGGAAUGUUCAUAGUAAGGGCACUUAGAGGAGUUCUUAAGAUCCGUUAUUUGCUGCUUGGGGGAGCUGUGGCAGGGGGUGGAGCCCUAAAUAAGAAAUAUAAUGAUUGGAAAGAAGGGCUGCCAGAUUUGAAAUGGCUUGACGAGGUGAUGCCCGAUAAUGAGAAGUGGCAGCAGUGGAGGGGGAACCUUAUAGAGUUCAAGGAUUCAUUAAAAAACAACAUUGAAAUCGAUCCUAGAAUAAAAGCGUUAUCAGAGGCCAAAUACACUCAGUUUCGAAGCUGGUUUGACCAGAGGCUUGAUGAUGCCAUUUCAGCAGCAGAAAAAGUUGAGCAAAAUGGAAAAAAUAGUGAUGUAAAAGGUGCAAGCCUCAGACUAAGUGAAUUGAUUGAACGAAUGUACUCAGAAAUCAAAAACGAAAUAAUAGAAAAAAAUGUGGCGUAUGCAAGACCUUUUGCUAGACAGGAAGGUGAAGAGGAUAGAAUAAGGAGAGAAUCACAGCAAAGGUUGAACGAAAUCCAAGAGGAGAUGAUGCAGACCCAGAUAAAAUAUCAAAGGGAACUGGAGAAGUUGGAAAAGGAGAACAAGGAUUUAAGGAAACAGAAUUUGUUGCUAAAACAGGGUCGUAAACCAAACAUGAAAAAAAUUAAGCGCAGUUUAAUAGACAUGUACAGCGAAGUUCUCGACGAACUGGCUGAUUUUGAUAGCGGCUACAACACCCAAGAUCAACUUCCGCGUGUGGUCGUUGUGGGAGACCAAAGCAGUGGUAAAACUUCUGUGCUGGAAAUGAUCGCUCAGGCCAGAAUUUUUCCCAGGGGUGCCGGAGAGAUGAUGACAAGGGCGCCAGUGAAAGUUACCCUUUCAGAAGGGCCUUACCAUGUUGCCCAGUUCAGAGAUUCUUCAAGGGAGUUUGAUUUGACUAAGGAGAGUGAUUUGGCUGAUCUGAGACGGGAAGUAGAGCUGAGAAUGAGAAAUAGUGUUAAGGGAGGGAAGACUGUUUCCAGUGAAGUGAUAUCCAUGACUGUCAAGGGUCCGGGUCUUCAAAGGAUGGUGCUAGUCGAUUUACCUGGCAUCAUAUCAACCCAAACGACAGAUAUGGCUGCAGACACAAGAGAGAGCAUAAGGCAAAUGACUCAGGCUUAUAUGAGCAAUCCCAACGCUAUUAUUCUUUGCAUUCAGGACGGUUCAGUUGACGCCGAAAGAAGUAACGUGACUGAUUUGGUCGCCAGUUGCGACCCUAGCGGCAAAAGAACGAUUUUUGUUCUGACGAAGGUGGAUAUGGCUGAGGAAAAUCUUGCGGAUCCUAAUAGGAUAAGAAAAAUUUUAUCCGGAAAACUAUUUCCAAUGAAGGCGCUUGGAUAUUUUGCUGUAGUAACCGGUAGAGGGCGGAAAGAUGAUUCCAUUCAAACAAUUAAGGAUUACGAAGAAAAUUUCUUUAGAAGUUCAAAGUUAUUCAAGGAUAGUCAAGUGAAAUCAACCCAAGUUACGACAAGAAAUUUAAGCCUGGCUGUGGCGGAUUGUUUCUGGAAAAUGGUUAAGGAAACUGUGGAACAACAAGCAGACGCGUUUAAAGCCAGAAGGUUCAAUUUGGAGACUGAAUGGAAAAACAACUUCCCCAGACUCCGUGAGCAGGACAGAGAUGAAUUAUUCGAAAGAGCCCGUGGAGAAAUAUUGGAUGAAGUGGUGAACUUGUCACAAGUCAGUCCUAGAGAAUGGGAGGAGAGGUUGUUGCUAAAUAUUUGGGAAAAAGUGUCCGGGAACGUGUUUGAAAAUAUUUACUUUCCUGCUGCACAAACUGGGUCUUCGGAGACUUUUAAUACAGCCGUGGAUAUAAAACUACGUCAGUGGGCCGAAUCGGACCUGCCCGCUCAAUCAGUGGAGUGCGGUUGGGAAAGUCUAAAAGCCGAAUUCGAGAAAUUUAUGCAAAAAGCCGAACACGCCCCUGAACAUGACGAUAUAUUCGAUCAGUUAAAGAAAGCGGUGGUUAAUGAGGCCAUGAAGAGGCAUAAGUGGGAAGAUAAGGCUUCGGACAUGUUAAGGGUGAUCCAACUUAACACCCUUGAAGACAGAACGAUAGCGGACAAGCGGGACUGGGACCAAGCGGUGAAAUUUCUCGAGGCGAGCGUUAAAGAGAAAAUCAAGGAAAGUGAAAAGGAGUUAAAAGAGUUGCUUGGUCCUUCGGCAAAGGAGAGAUGGCUUCGGUGGCAGUAUCAGAGCGAGGUGCAGACCCGGAGAAACCACGUGAAAAGCGAGCUGGAUCGAAUACUGUAUUCGAAUGAGAAACACCCCCCUACUUUAUCAUAUGAUGAAUUAACAACAAUUAGAAACAAUUUGCAAAGAAACAACAUUGAAGUAGACAAUGAAUUUGUUCGAGAGGUAUGGGACGCGGUGUAUAGGAGGCACUUUUUAAAUAAGGCCCUUCUCAGGGCUUAUGACUGUAAAAAGGCAUUUUAUCUGUACCAUCAACAAAUGGACGUGGAUUGUGCGGAUGUGGUGCUCUUUCAUAGGAUACAGCAGAUGAUGAAAGUUACUGCUAAUGCUCUUAGACAACAAAUUACUAAUAGGGAAGCAAGGAGGUUAGAUAAAGAAAUUAAGGAAGUUUUAGAUGAUUAUAGUCAAGAUCAAGAUAAAAAGGUGCAGUUGUUGCAAGGAAGGCGAGUUACUCUAGCUGAAGAAUUAAAACGAGUGAGACAAAUCCAAGAAAAACUGGAGGAAUUUAUUCAAGCCUUAAACAAAGAGAAGUAAAACCCAUCUAGUCUUAAUUUAUUUAGUUUUUAAGCUAUUUAUGUUUUAAGUUCUAACUUUGAAAAUGGUAUAGUAAUUUUUUUUGUCUUUAUACAUUAUUUUUUUAUUACAGUCAAAUGUAAAUCAAGUUUUUGGGAGGCAUUGUUGUUAUAUUGAUCUCCAAAGAUUGAAGUGAUCAAGUAAAUUGUUGAUUUGUGAUUUUUACUGUUACAAUAAUAAAUACAAAUUGUAUAUAUAAAUGAAAAA